AUGUCGCGUUUCGAACCUCCGGCUUUGGAAGACAAGCUGCAGGGCAGAGUGGUUGUCCUGACGGGAGGAGCUCUAGGCAUUGGAUCCGAGCUAGUCCGUCUACUCCAUUCAGCCGGCUCCCACGUCUUCUUCGGCGACGUCCUAAUCCCUCAAGGCGAAGCUCUAGAAAAGGAGCUGACUGCAACUUCAAAACCUGGCCAGCAAGUGAAAUUCUUGUAUACGAAUGUACAAGAUCAUCUUGCCAAUCUGGGCUUGUUUGAUCUUGCAUACAAGACUUGUGGAAGGGUUGAUCAUGCAGCCUCAGUGGCAGGAAUAAACAGAGAGCAGAAUAUCGCAGAUCCGGAAUUGACACUUGAAAGUGUUAAAAGGGAUGUCUGUUGCAGUAUUGACGUGAUUGACACCAAGGAACCUGAUAUCGAUGACUCUCUGGAUGUCAAUCUACGCGGCCCAAUCCUCUUCUCCAGAAUCGCAAGUGUAUAUCUUCGUCAACCGCCUCUAAACGACAAGUCCUCCACUGCAGCAGCCGAUAAAUCUCUCACACUAGUUUCUUCCGUGGCUGGAUUCACAGAAGCACCUGGUUUGGCCGUGUACUCGGCAGGUAAACAUGGCGUGUAUGGCCUAAUGAGAGCAUUAAGAAAAGUUCUGAUAAAGUCCUCCCCUUACGCCAUCAGGACAAAUGCAGUAUGCCCCUGGAUGACAGAAACCCGAAUGGUCACAGGCAUAGACGCAGACUGGCGUGAAGCCGGCCUACCACGAAACAAAGCCAUUGACGUCGCUAGAGUAAUCGCUGGCGCCAUGGUAGCAGACUCGCUCAAUGGUGAAGCCUUGUAUGUCGAAGGAGGCAGGGCUUGGAGCAUCGAAGAGGGCAUAGAGCGGACACAGCCACAGUGGAUGGGAGAGAAGCAGAGCAAAGACUUCCAAAAGGGUCAGGAAGUGCUGGGAACGGGAGAUAAUUGGUAA